GUAAAUAUAACACUGGAAGCAUAGAGAUUCAUGCCAGUUGGCAUUGCUAGAGCAGCAUUAAGGCAGUCAAUGAAUGUAACUUAUUUGGUCAGCAUGGAGCCACCUGGUCUGGGAUUUUUGUUAAUAUUGAUGCCCACCACAGGAACAGAACAAUCUUACCCUGGGAAUCAAACUCUGAGAACACUGAUGCCUCUCUUCUAUUGAGUGUAAGUUGGCCUGCAUUAGCCAUAAAUGAAGAUGAUGUUAGAAUGAAAACAAUUGAGAAGGUCCUUCGCAAGUUAAAAGGCAACUUUGGUAUCAAACAUUUUCCUAGAGAUAGGUACAAAACAGCUAUAGAGGACAAAAAUAGAAAGUAUUACCGCCCUGCUGAAAUAAAGUUUAUAAGCACAGUAAGACUUUCUGAUCUUUUGGCAUCAUUUUACAUAGCUCAGAAGACAGAAACUGCCACACAGUCUGCUCUGAACUCCCAAGAGUACUCCAAAUUACCAGCUACAACAUGUUCACUUAAACACUUUGACGUGCUGGGAAUCAAUGUCCGAGGACUUCUUUUGAGGCACAUUUCAGCUGGGCUAAAUCCAGUACAUUGCUGAUGUGUAUUUCUGAGU